AUGGAAGAUUUUUCACCGGGUUCUACGAGCUACAAUGGAACUGUCAAUUCUCAAAGCCGUGGUGGUUGUCUGGAGAAGUGCUUUGAAGACUUCCCAGAGUGCUUCGUGGUCGGUGUGAAGGCUGUGGAUUCCGGUUAUCAAUGCAACAUCUACUACUUACGAAAGUCUCCCAUCAAUUUCAAAUGGACUUCCGAUCCUUCCAUCACUCUUUACAAGUUGGAGAGAGACGAAGUUGAUGUCAAGUGCCCAUUUGCGGUGGACGUACUCAAAUGA